AUAAGAAAAAUCUUUACAAAAUUUUAAACAAGAGAAGCUCGUCCCGCAGUACCGUUGCGAAAUUCUGUUGUUUACGGCUUGAUGUUCAUGCAUAUAUACUAUACCACGUUCUAGCAAAAUGAAGUCCGACCCACGGCCGCUGCGGUCCAGCUGGCUGCUCAGCUACGCCGCCAUCCUCUGCCUGCUGUUCGGUGGCAAAGCGCUGGCCCAAUCCAAUUACGUGCAGCAUGGCGAUAGCGGCAACUACUCCACAAACGGACUGCCCGAGGAGGCAACCCUGGAUGGCAAGGUAACCAAACUGGAUGACAUUAGCCCCUUGAUAUUUUUGAAUCGCACCAAAGCCGCGUUGAACUGCGCAGCCGGCUCAAUGCAAGUUGAUCUCAAGUUCAAUGAUCCCUUCCACGGCAUCAUUCAGGCUGACUACGAUCGGAGCAGCGCUUGUCGCGUCAGUGGUAAAGGCGCACUCAGCUAUCGCCUGGAGCUACCGCUCAAGGGCUGUGGAACAAUACAGAAUCCCACACGCGUGUUCACCAACAACAUAAUUGUCCGCUUCCAUGCCAAUUUGGAGAUGGAUGGCGAUGAGAUCAUCACAAUCGUUUGUCGCUAUCCGCCGCCGGUGCCCUCUCUGCCACCCGCACUGCCAGCACCCAUCUUAAAUCCCAUUGCCACGGGCUCUGUACUCCAGCCGCCACUGAAGGGCAUUCAGAUCUUGAUGAUCAUAUGCGCCAUCAUGUUCCUGACCCUGCUGCUGUUGGGUCUGGCCGUCUCCUACUACUGCUUGCGUAGUCGCCCCAUUCCGGUGGUGCGACGUCUGCCGAUGAGCAUGGGCAGCGGCUCAGAGAUCACCAAGCUGAGCGGCAGUAGCGCUGGCAACAUCAGUGCAUUCGAGGGCGUGAAGAUACCGCGUGCUCAUGCGGCUCUCCAGGCCGUCUAUAGCUCGUCGGGCAGCGAAGGCGCUCUGAUACCUUCGGACUACCCCAGUGAGUCGCAUUCGGAAAUCGAGGAGAUUGAUACACGAUCGCUGCCGUUCAGCUCUGCGGGCAGCUUCGAGAAUCGGGCAUUUGUUCAGGAAACGUCCAGUAUCUACAGUGACCACUAUGCUCCAGCUCAGGAAGUGCCAGCGGCCAACGCUGUGAUAUCCACGGUAAUGCGACAAACUGCUACAGUGCAGGAGCCGUUGGCUGGCUCGCCCAAGUUUGACGUUCAGGUGAGGGUGAAGAAAUCGCCACCGCCCAUCCCAUCGCCCGUCACAUCCGACACGGAGAGCAUGGCGACUCUUCGGGGAGAUCGCAACAACUUGUCGACCAUCAUGGAGGGCUACGAGGACCGGGAGAGCGUCAUGACCAUGGACUCACUGCCACACCAAGUAGAGACGAUGCAGUCCCAGUUCACGUACGUGCCCGAGCUACAUCCGGCACCGCAAAUGCCCCAGCCACAGCCGAUUCCGAUGGUAGCCGAGCCCAAGUUCUCCGUGUAUACUCGCACUCACCAUGAGGUUGUCGACGGUCGUCCGGAAACCUGGUCUGACUACACCGACGGACCGGAACCGAGCGAGAUCACAGAUCUGUCCUCGGAGGCACCCGAGCGAUCGGUCGUCCACGACACCAGUCGGGCGGUGGACACGAUGCACUACUACGAGGACGAGUAUGUGCCCGCGGAGCCAGUGGUGCAGACGCCGCCGCCGCUGCCUGCCGUGACAUCCCACACUGUCGACGAUAUCUAUUUGCGUACGGUUACCGAGAAGAAGACUAUCGAGGACAUUGAGAGCCACAAGCGACGCGUCACCGAGUACAAGAGCAAGCCGAAGGCCCCACUACCGCCACCACCGCCUCCGGUGGUUGAUCCCACGUUCGACGUGAAGGUGCGCAAAUAUCCGAGCGAGCGCGAGCAGCAGCAAUGGGAGAACUUCUCGGAUAUCUCGAGCGCCUCCGGGCUAACACUCACGCCGAAGAUGUCGCGCACCGAGCUAAGCCUGCCACCGGCGGAGCCGCCGGCCCAGAUCCACGAUAACAAACAGAAAUUGACCAGCCCCGAGCUAGUUGGCAACAUGAAACCGAUUGAGGUACCGCCGCAGGACAAGGAUGUGCCCAACUGGGACGUGCUCAUACGCAUUCUGGAGGAGCCCGAACUAUCCGAGAUCGGCGACGACACCAGUUCCGUUCACAACAUCAGCUACGAUGACAGGGCCAAGUGGAAGGAGAUCAUUACCACGCAGUCCUCAUUGCGCACCAUGUUGACCGAGGCGGUAGUGCGCGAGGACUUCGAGCGCAUUCGCCAGGACACGCGGUACGAGCGCAUGUUCGAGCCGCAGACCUGGGACGUCAUCAUACGCAUCCUGGCGCCACCCAGCGACGACGAGACGGACGUCGAAAUGCGCGCACCCAAGCGCGGCAAGAAGGCGCCGCCACAGCCGUGGGAUACCCGCUCCAGGCGCAGCUCGCUGCCAACGCUAUACGAGUACGACAGCGACGGCGGCUCCAGCGUGCGUACCAUACGCAACGAUCCGACACUGCCACUGCACGGCGGUCCGAUGGCUGGGCCCGGCCCCUUCAAUACGCAGCGAUCGCGCCGUAGCUCUCGCACCUCAUACCAGACAGAUCACAACGACUUCCGGUCCAUGUCCGAGGUGACGGUCGACUUCGGCCGGCCCCAGCCGGACAACCUGGACAAUGUGAGCGAUGCCAGCUCGUAUUAUCGUAUGCAGUACUACGAUGAUGAGGACCGACGCUCCUUCCAUCGCUCAAUCAGCCAUCCAUCGCUGGCUCGCUCGGCCAGCGAGUUCACUGAGCACUGGACAGCACCCGAUGACGUCGAGGUCUCCUCGCCCGAGGGCACGCCUCGCGCCUACCGAGCACGUCAGCCAUUGGCGCUAGCUCAGCACGUAGCGGGCCAGCCCGAGGAGCGCAUUGUCUCCCAGACACAAAGCGAGUACGUGGAGACGCAUCGCAGCGUCUUCCAAUCAGAAAAACAACUGCCAGCGCCGACGCGCAAAUGGUAGACGCAUAGUUUCUCUCUCUCGAUAAACAAGUCAAUUUUAUUCUUUUAAUAUAUAUAAUACUUUCUUUAAUUAAGAAAUCAACUCACAAACGGCAAAAUAUGUAACGGGAAGGGUUAUCAGAGUAGUAGUUAGAUUUGCUUAUAAUCAGUUUGAAUCUGGGAUUAGUCGAGUCGAUCAACUUUUCCGAUUAAUAACUAACUUAAUCAU